GACGUAUAAUCUAAUGGACGGGAAGUUUGUUCAACCACAACUGCGACCUCGGUAGCUUUGCUAGGCGACGUAAGCAGGAACAUUUGAGCUCUUUAUAUGCUUUCGGUGCUUAUUCGCCACUCUGUUUUAAACACACGCCUGUCGUAUCUACUAGUUACCCCUUUUAAUAUCAUAUGUACGUCAGCUAGCUGUCUGGUUAAGGUAGCAGUAGCACUAGGCUAAUCGCUAAUGCUAACAUCCCCGACUAUGAGUUCAAAAAGCCACCCCUCUGCUGAAGAGGAGGACUGCUGGACGGAGAGAGAAGCUCUCGUGAAAGAGGAGAAGGAAGAAGAGGCUGUCACAGUUAAACAAGAAGUAAAGGAUGAGGCUGUUACAGUGAAAGAGGAAGACGUUUCAGUGAAAAAGGAAGAGGAGGUUAAUAAACAAGAGGGUGCAGUUUGUACCGUGAAAGAGGAGACGACUGUCACGGUGAAAGAAGAGGAAGCCGUUUUUGGAGUGAAUGAGGAGGGGGAGAUCACUGUCACAUUGGAGGAGGAAGAAGAGCAGAAUGGAGAUCUGAUUAACACCAGAGAGACACCAGACUCAGAAGAUCCAGAGCAAGAGAUGUCUGAACCAGCAAGACGACACCACUGUUCCCACUGUGGAAAGACUUUUACCCAGUUACGGACACUGAAGGUGCAUGAAAGAAUACACACUGGAGAGAAGCCCUACCAAUGUUCCCAGUGUGGAAGGAGUUUUACCCAGUUAGGGAGCCUGAAAAUACAUACUAGAAUUCACACAGGAGAGAAGCCUUACCAAUGCUCCCAGUGUGGAAAGAGAUGUUCACAGUUAAGUUGCCUGAAAUCACAUGAGAGAAUGCACACAGGAGAUAAGCCUCACAAAUGCCCUCAAUGUGGUAAUACUUUUAAGCGGCUAAGUAACCUGAAGGAACAUCAAAGAAUACAUACAGGGGAAAAGCCUUACCCCUGUUUAUAUUGCGAAAAGCGUUUCAGCUGGGUAAGGCAACUGAAAGAGCAUGAGAGAACACACACCGGAGAGAAGCCCUACCAAUGUUCCCAGUGUGGAAAGAGUUUUACCCAGUUCGGGAGCCUGAAAAUACAUGAGAGAAUCCACACAGGCGAAAAGCCUUUCCAAUGUUCCCAGUGUGGAAAGAGUUUUAACCGGUUAGGUAACCUGAAAUCACAUAAGAGGACACACAAAGAAGAAGAGCCACAUCACUGCUCCCAGUGUGGAAUGAAUUUUACCUCAUUACGCUUCCUGAAGAAUCAUGAGCAAAGACACACGGGGGAAAAGCCUUUCCGCUGCUCCCAGUGUGGAAUUAAAUUUACGUGGUUACGGCAACUGAAAUCACAUGAAAGAAUCCACACAUGAGAGAAAUGUUACAAAUGCUCCCAGUGUAGAAAUAUAUUUACCCAGUUUAGGCACCUGAAAGACUAAGGUUACACACACAGGGGAGAAGCUUUACUCAUGCUCCCAAUGUGGAGAGUGAUUUUUCACAUACUUACAAUUCAUGAGGUAACACGCACAUUGAGGUAACACACUUCUCAACCUCAAUUCAUGAGGUAACACACUUCUCAUCUUAUACUGAAAAGUGGUGCUUUGUGGUUUUGUUUAUGCUCUUUUUUCCAUAUGAAAUCAAAUUGGAGAAAACCUACUCAAAAAUACAUUUGUAUGUUUUAUGUUUUUAAAUCCCAAGAUAUUAAUUGAAUAUGGAGUGUGUCAGUUUUUAUGUAGAUUCUAUGUACACUCUCUCUGUGUACACUACACUCUCUCUGUGUGCAUUACACUCUCUAUGUGUACAUUACACUCUCUCUGUGUACACUACACUCUCUCUGUGUACACUACACUCUCUCUGUGUACACUACACUCUCUCUGUGUACACUACACUCUCUCUGUGUACACUACACUCUCUCUGUGAUUAAAUAGUCUUCUUUUA